UCGGAUGGUUAGGAGGUGAGGACAACAAUGUUAGAGCUCAGUGUUUAUCAAUAUAAAUAACACCUUUUUUUUAAAUCGUCUGACAACUUUAGACAAACAGAAGGAAUUGAUUUUAAUAGUUAAGAGCAACGCUUUUUUGUCUGUUUGUUUACAUACAGACAUUGUUCUUGGACUGCCCACCUGAUUAUAACCAAAGACUGUUCAAGAAGAAGAAAUUAUAACCUUUUUUUGUGUUUUCCGAUCCUUCCUAAUGUUGUCAUCGGUAUUUUCCACCGUUAUGACACAUUAGUAACUGUCAAGACAGACUUGUUCGCUAGAGAAAUGGACUUGAGCGGUGUUUUGGAGUGGGACGUCACGUCUGCUUCAGUAAAGUCAACCUCUUGAACUGUUUUGUACCAAACUAUUAACACUUUUUAAUAUCCAUGGAGUCUGUGGGGAAGUUUGAAUUUAACAGGAAAGACUUGAUUGGUCACGGUGCCUUUGCAGUUGUGUUCAAAGGAAGACAUAAAGAGAAACGUGACUGGGAAGUUGCAGUGAAGUGUAUUAACAAGAAAAACUUUGCAAAAUCACAAUCUCUGCUUGGAAAAGAAAUCAAAAUAUUAAAGGAACUCAAACAUGAGAAUAUUGUUAGACUCCUGGACUAUCAGGAAAUGGGAGGAUGCGUAUAUCUUGUCAUGGAGUACUGUAAUGGGGGAGACCUGGCAGAGUAUCUUCACUCAAAAGGCACCCUAAGCGAGGACACCAUCCGUGCAUUCCUUCAGCAGAUUGCACAGGCCAUGAAAGUCCUGCAAAGCAAAGGCAUUCUGCACAGAGACCUCAAACCCCAGAACAUUUUACUCUGCCAUCCAGAAGGACGCAGAUCCAGUUCCAUCAAUACCAGUAUUAAGAUAGCUGACUUUGGGUUUGCACGGCACCUCCAGACAAACACAAUGGCAGCCACUCUGUGUGGAUCUCCCAUGUACAUGGCUCCCGAGGUCAUCAUGUCCAAAAACUAUGAUGCUAAGGCCGACCUGUGGAGCAUCGGUACUAUGGUUUACCAGUGUCUGACCGGAAAAGCACCGUUUCAUGCCAGCACACCACAGGAGCUCCGUCUCUACUAUGAAAGCAACACAACCCUGUUACCCAGCAUCCCAAAGGAGACUUCUGCAAACCUAAGACACCUGCUGCUGGGGCUGCUGCAGAGAAAUCACAAAGAACGGAUCACCUUUGAUGAGUUUUUCCACCAUCCCUUCUUGCAGACAAGCUUGUCCACAAAGAAAUGCUCGCCAGCUGCGGUCCUCCCCUACCCCUGCUCAGGCUCAGGCAGCUCCUCCAGCAGCUCCUCCACAUCCCAACUGGCCUCACCUCAACAUUCCGAUGGGGAGAUGCACCAGCUUCAGGCUCGAGUGCCUCCCUCACCUACACAGGACACCUCCAGCUUCCCCCAGAAAGACACAGCCAAUCAGGACAGCAGAAACACACCACUGUACACAGAUGAUUAUGUCAUGGUGCCUGCCCAGUUUCCCAGCGAGUACACAUGUGAGGGAGAAGCUGGAUCACCCAUAGAAAGCUGUCUGAUAUACAGUGGGAGCUCAAGACAGGGAGAGAGAGGCUAUGGAACCAAAGGAGCGGCUGCCAUACCCCCGUACUUCCUACAUUCUCCACCCAAGCCUGUUCACAAUCCCGGUGAAUUAGACGGCCGUGGCUGCCGUCGGUCGGUGCCCAUUCCUGUCCCAACUCAGAUCCAAAACUACCAGCGUAUGGAACAGAACCUACAGCCUGUUGGCUUGCAUGGCUCCACCAGGGUCACCUUAUGCUGUCCUGGUAGCAGCAGUGCCACGCCACCUUAUUGUGGAGGGUGUAGAGCUCCAGGUCGAGGUGUAACCUCCAACUCUCCCAGGCUGGCAGCUGGAGGAGGCCAACCACAGCCGUCCUCGCCAUUAGUUGGACAGACCCCAAAGAGCUCAGAGCAGACUCUGCCACUCAGCACAAGGACUGGACUGCUUGCUGACUCACCUGCUGCAGAGGUCACCUCCAGCUCCAAGAUGAACCUUCAGCCCAGAAAGCCAACCCGAACCAGGACUGUCCCAAACCUGCAAACCCUUAACCCUUGUCCUGCUUCCCAGACAAACCCCAGCCAGAAGUCAACCAAUAAAAAGGGUCCCUUUAAAAGAUCGUUCAGCGCUGGCAGGCUGUCCGACAUGCUGCUGAAGGCAGCAUUUGGAGCAAAUCUAUUUGAAGAGGGAAGUGACGAGAGUUUCAGCUGUGACAAAAGCAUGGAUAUAACUGCUCCACCUGCUGGGAGCCCUAAAGUUUUUCAGUUCUCAGAAAGCCCACCUCCUGCAUUCUUCACUAUGGGUUCUCCAUGCCAUGGAAACACUCUUCAUGAUGCCAUGGUGCCGAGGGUGUUCUCAGGCUCUCCCAGCUACAUUAACUCACCCUGGCAACCCCGCCCGCUCCAGCGAGGAAGCCGAAGAAACAGUGAGGCUGAAGUCAUGGAUGCUAGUCCACACAGCAAUCUGAUUUUUAACCCUCCAGAGCUCCCUGAAGAUACAUUAAUGGAGAAGACUCAUACAGAUGCUCUGAGCGACUUGCGAUUCACUUUGGCAUUUGUCCACUGUGUUAUUGAGUUGGCUUCCUCAAAGGACCCAGGGUUGGAUGCCAUUAGCAAUUCUGAUAUUUCUUUUCUAGAGCAGAGCUUGGUGACGGAUCAGAUCAGCCUUUUGAGUCGAGAGUGGAGCUAUGCAGAGCAGUUAGUGUUGUACAUGAAAGCUGAGGAGUUUCUGUCAUCAGCAAUGCUCACUGCCAAAGAAAAUAUUAAAAAAGGCAAACUCCUGCCCUCUUCUACGGUCAAACAAGUGAUCAGGAAACUGAACGAAAUGUACAAGAACUGUGUGACCUACUGUCGCUCCCUGAACGAUCGGCUGCAGACCUUCUUACUUGACAAGCAGAAGCUUAUGGACCGCUUCACUGGCCUGACUGCAGAGAAGCUCAUUUACAACCACACUGUGGUCAUGGUACAGUCUGCUGCUUUAGAUGAGAUGUUCCACUAUGGUGCAGCAUCAGUCCAGCGCUAUAAUAAGGCCCUUCUGCUCAUGGAGGGUCUGUCCCGCAUCCUCACAGAGCAAAAGGACAUUGACAGCGUAGAUAAAUGUAAGCAGUGUAUUGAGCGGCGUCUCUCAGCUCUGCAGAUGUAGGAGCAUACACUGAGCUUCACAACUGCAUCCACAGAAGCUGCGUUAUCCUGCAUCGUCUGUCAGCCUGGAGCGUUGCUGGAUCUUCCAACACAAAAGCACUUUGAUCUCACAAAGGAGAAAUGGGCAUUGGAGGAUCUUCUCCUGUCCUAUUAUCCUAACUGUAAUAGGGACAUAAAUGCACAGAAAAGACUUUCUUUCUGUUUCGUGCACGUCUUUGAACGCAGAUUGUGUCAUGAUUGUUGAAAUGCUUCAGUCAGAUUAAUCGCGUUCAGUAUUUAUUUUGUUACAGACUGUUAGUGUGUUUCUUUUUUCCACUGGUUAAUUAAUACGAUAUUUUAAGUGUUAUACUUGAAAGAAAUUAUCUGUAUUCGUUUUCUUUUUGUGCUUGAAACCUUUUUGUUAUGUGUCAUUGAAUGUUCACCAAUCAGCAAGAGUGUGACUGUUUUGAUAAAAUGACCAAAUAUUGUCAAAGAAAAGCAUUAAUAGUAAAACUGUACCGGGUUUUGUCCAUUUUUCCUAAUAACAGGGAAAUGAAUGUAAACGUAACAAAAGUGUCCUUUGGCCUCAUAUGGAGUACUUGCUAUAUGACUGGCAGUCUUAAAGUGUGAUGUGGGUAAGAAGUACAUCUUGACAUCUGGACGAGACUUAGUUUGACAGUAAGAUAUCCAGCUAUCCCUCAGGUAGUGACACAUUCAGCCAGGAGGUGCUGCAUGCCACAUUGCUUCGGUUCAUGUGCUGUUUGUGUGCACAUAAUCAAUUUAAAAAUAAAAUGAGAUGAGAAAUAUUUUGGGAUUCAUAGAAACGUUAAGGGUGAGUGAAUUUGUAUUUUCUUUCCUUUUUUUUGCCUGAUUGGGCACCUGGUUAUUACAAUUAAAUAUUUAAUAUUUUGUGAACAUGUUUGAUAGAGCUUUGUUAGAAGUUGUCAUUUUCCCUUUUUUGUUUUGUUUAGUUUUCUUAAAGUGCAAGCCAAAUUUGUCAGAAUGAGUUGUUACACACGCUGUAUGGUGAAAAUAAAUUUUAUUUAUCAACAGAAGUCUUGUAAAUAUUUCUACUUUUUCAUGAUGAAUCAGUGUUGAUUAAAUCAAUGUCAAACUUUUUUUGGAAAUAUGAUCGAAUGUGACACUGUAAUUACGUCAAAAGUUCCUAAAAUUGUCUGAAUGUGAGGGUUAAUGGAGGAGGAUGCUCCUGUUUCUGUAUCUUGAGCUGUUUCACUAAGUACAACAUUAACAUUUAAGUGUUAUUUAUACACUGAAAUUAAAAACACAUUUUUUUUUCUUUUAA